AUGAUCCAGAUUUUUGCUGGAAAAUAUGCUGGCCAUGAAGCAUGGAUGGAUAAUUCGCAGACAUGGCAUGUCAACAAAGGAACAGAUACAGCAUCUGUCAUUGUCCGUCUCCAUAAAGGAAUGGGACUUGUGCAAUCAACCAUCUGGAAGAGCUCUUUUCAAGGGAAGGACUUUCGAAUCCUUGAUGCAACUUAUCAUCAUGAUCUGAAGAACCACGUGUUUGUGCUGGAAGCAGUUGCUGUGCUUGUUCAGUAUGCUAUGGAUCAUGGACAUCCAAUUUUCCCCGCAAAUACUGGUGAUCAUUACCCAGAUUCGGAUGUUUAA